AUGGCGGUGAAUGUGUUCAAGUUAGGAUCGCCGGGGUCUGACACGGAUAAAGAGAUGACGACGACGAGUAAAGUUGCUGUUCAAUCUCAAGAAACCCUCGGAGAUCGCAAGUCUAUAAAGAAGAAGAAAGCAAGUGUUGAAAAGCAUGAUUCUGAAGCUGAUGAUGAUGGUGGAAAGAAAUCGAAGAAGGAGAAGAAGCACAAGAGGGUAUCCGAUGGCGAUGAGAUACUAAACACUGAAAGCUCCAAAGUUAAUGAUGGAUGUCAAAACCAUGAGAAAGCAUUCGUCAACAGUGAUGAUGAUGGUUCUAAGAGAGUUAAGAAAAAGAGAAGGCGUGUUGAUUGUGAUCUGGGAAAUACAGCACACAAACCUAAGAGGAAAAAGAAGAAAAGUAAAGAAAAGAUAAAAACAGAGAAUCGAGAGGCUGAGGUGAAGAAGUCUACCAAAGAUCCAAAGGAUAAAAGGAAGAAGCAAAAAGAUAGUAAGAGUAAUGAAGUAAUCUAUGAAGUUUCCUUAACGCAUGAGAGCCUACAAAAGGAGCUGAAGCGGGCGAACAUGGAGUUAGCCUCACAGGCCACAGAUAUGGAAGAGUAA